GACUCACUGCCUGUUGCCGGGUUCUUUGACACUUCUUCCCAUCCCUUCUAGCCCAUUCGCAGUGCAUUGGCAAUCCGUUAUCGCGUGGUUUUCCGUUGAUCCUUGCAGUUUUUCCUCUGAAAUUAUGGCGUCAGUCGAUGAAAAUAACGGUACAGCACCAGAACAAAAGGAAAUAAAUGUUCCCGAGGAGCAAAUCGCGGAUCAAUUGUCCGAAAACAAGGAAAGUGGUUGCAAGUCGGCAGAGUAUUCCUACACAGAACGUGGUCUGUUUACUUCGGAAAUUUUCAAAGUUGAAGUGAGAAAUUUGCCAUUUUUUGGUAUUGCGGAAUUGAAGAAACUCUUGUUGAAGAAUUUCGGGUUGGAAGUUUGCAAGAUCAAGUCACCAAAGAGGCGGGAAUUCGCGUAUUUGUGCUUCCGCAGUCAGGAGGACGUGGAUAAGGCGAUUAAAGGGUUAACCGGAUUCCAGUGGAAGCGUCAUACUCUUAAGGCAUCGGUUGCGGCAGCUUCUCCAGAUCCCUUACAGAAACGCCGCCGCGAGGAAGGUGGGAAAAAUGAAGUUGACGCAAAACGGCCAAAAACAGUCGCCGAGGCAACAUGUCCCCUCUACGCAAUGCCAUAUGAAGACCAGCUUAAAAAGAAAUCACAAGAGAUGGAAAACAUUCUGGAAGAAUUUGGCAAGAAACUCUACAAAAUCAAUCCCGACGCAAAGUCGAAAUUGCCCGGUGCAGAUACGAAAUUCCCGUGUGAGUUCCUGGGAGUGAAAGCCUCGCCGAAAAUCGAUGGGUAUCGGAAUAAAUCCGAAUUUGCAAUUGGCAAAAACGCUCAAGGCGAUAUUGUCGUAGGUUUUCGCUUGGGUAGUUAUGUGGAUGGAUGCGUUGAGGUGGGACCGAUCCAAGAUCUUCCUCACAUUCCGGAAAAAAUGAAGAAAGCAGCCAAAGUUUUUGAGGAGUUUGUUGGAAAGUCAAAGUUCCAAGUGUAUAAACCGGAAAACCAUUCGGGGCAUUUUAAACAACUCGGCGUGAGGACUUCGGAAGCAAGUGAUGAGAUCAUGCUGAUAGUUGGAAUCUAUUCCACUAAUUGUAGCGAAUCAGAGCUGGUUGAAUUGAAGGCAGAACUCAAGGAAUUCUUCGAGAAAUACGAUAAGUUGGCUUUUGAGUGCACCAGUCUCUACUACCAAGACAUGCAACUGCGGAAACCAGGUCAAAUGGUUAAUCCCGUCGAACAUUUGUCUGGAACUACGCACAUUUACGAUGUAAUUCACGGACUUAAGUUUCGAAUAAGUCCAUUGGCAUUCUUCCAAGUGAAUACUACAGCGGCUGGGGUGCUUUACAACGAAGCAAUAGAGCUGGCUGCUCCUAAGCCUCAUUCAACUGUUCUGGAUAUUUGUUGUGGUACUGGAACCAUUGGAUUAUGUUUCGCACGCCGAUGCAAACAAGUGAUCGGUGUGGAAAUCGUUCCAGAUGCCGUGAAGGAUGCGCAGUUUAACGCGCAGGAAAACAAUAUUGAAAAUUGCAAAUUUCAUAGUGGAAACGCGGAUGACUAUAUACAAUCAAUGAUUCGUGAAGUUGUUUAUGGGACGCCUAAUAAAAGUGAAUUGGAUUUAGUUGCGAUUGUUGAUCCUCCACGUGAUGGGCUUCACGAUCGUUCUAUUUGCUCGAUCAGAAAAGAGACUGAACUGAAACGUCUUGUGUACUUGUCAUGUAACCCACGACGAGCUGAACGAAACUGGUUGGCUCUAGGCAGACCUGAAUCAAAGGCUUACAAAGGGAGUCCAUUUUUACCCACAAAAGCUGUUGCUGUGGACAUGUUCCCUCACACUGAUCAUACCGAACUAAUAAUCCUAUUCGAACGUGUUGAAGAUGAGAAGGCUGAAGGAUCUAGCAGUGACGUGACAACUGAUCCAACUGAACAGAAAAAUAGCGACAAAAUGGAAGAAAGCUCUGACAAAGAUGAGACUGCCGCAAACAAUUCAGGAUGAGUUCUUUGUUGAUGGGAUGAGUUCUGCAGGCCCCGUUUCAUCGGUGUUUUUCAAGUUUUUUCUAGUGUAAGGAUAAAUUAGGUGAGGUUAGUAUAUGUGACGUGUAAUGUAAAAAAGAUAUGAAACUAGACUUGUUAUUGUUGUUAAUGGUUAGACGUUAGACAUCAGGCCAUCAAUUGAACUCAUAUUGAUAAUAAUCAGGCGGGCGUCAUAUUGUCACGCCAGAUUUUUGGUAAACGUCAAGUCGAAUACGAGGUAUCCAGUUGUAAAGUGAGACUGGAUGUGAAGUAUCUGAAAGCACCUAAAUUUAAGUAAAGAGUUCAUAUUUUUU